AUUUCGUUUAUUGCAAGCUGCUUCAAUAUGUACGACUUACUUUCGCCGACAAUACACUAUAUCAGUUAUGCCCUUCACUCAUCAUCUCUCUAUAUCUUCAUCAUCAUCAUCUCUGAGCCAUUCUGUACUUCAUUCAUCAUCUGUAUAUCUUCAAGCCCUCUGGAGCUUGUACUUAACUGUCUCUCUCACUAUCUCCCUCUCUCUCUCUCUUCAAAAUGGUGCAAUCAAAGAAGUUCAGAGGUGUCAGGCAGCGCCACUGGGGCUCCUGGGUUUCUGAGAUUCGCCACCCACUACUGAAGAGGAGGGUGUGGCUGGGCACAUUCGAAACAGCGGAAGAAGCUGCUAGAGCCUACGAUCAAGCUGCAAUCUUAAUGAGUGGACGAAACGCAAAGACGAAUUUCCCAAUAAUACAAACACCAACCGGAGACCCUAAACCUAGUCAAAGUUCAACCUCGGCACCCGCAAAUGAUUUAUCAGAGCUUCUGCACGCCAAGCUUCGGAAAUGCAGCAAGGCACCAUCGCCUUCUAUGACUUGUUUGAGGCUUGACACAGAGAAUUCUCACAUCGGAGUGUGGCAAAAGCGGGCAGGCCAGCGCUCUGACUCGAACUGGGUCAUGACUGUGCAGCUUGGAAAGAAUAAUGCAGAUGAUGUAUCAAGAAACACAUUGCCUUUGGGCGCUGAGUCACAAGAGAUAACAGGGCCCCCACUCAAGGGAAAAAUGGAUGAAGAAGAGAUAAUCGCUAUGCAAAUGAUAGAGGAGCUUCUUCAUCGGAAUUGUCCGGAAGACGGUGGAUUUUAUAUCUAGUUUCAUGGUGUGAUGAUAAAGUAAAAGUAAUGUAUAGAACUACAUGUGAUCACUUUCUAUAUGUUAAUAUGUCUGAACUUACUGUAUAAGCAUACAGUGAGCCAAAGGGAAUGUUUUGGGGUAUAUACGUAUGGGGAUAAAUAUUUUAUAUAGAAAUAAGAAUAUCAAUGUAAUAUAGGGUUAGAUAAUGUAUUAUUAAUUGGUGGUGUGACACAAAAAUAAUGGAAAUUGACAAAUUGUGUAUAA